UGCGGCCGCGGGCUGGGCGUGUGCGUGGGCCGGCACCCCGUCCUCUUCCUCACCGUGCCCGCCGUGCUGACCAUCGCCUGCGGCCUCAGCGCGCUGCGCCGCUUCCAGCCCGAGGGCGACCUGGAGCGCCUGGUGGCCCCCAGCCACAGCCUAGCCAAGAUCGAGCGCAGCCUGGCCGGCAGCCUCUUCCCGCUGGACCAGUCCAAAAGCCAGCUCUAUUCGGACUUGCACACCCCUGGGAGGUACGGCAGGGUGAUCCUCCUCUCGCCACCCGGGGACAAUGUUUUGCUCCAGGCCGAGGGGAUCCUGCAGACCCACCGAGCCGUGCUGGAAAUGAAGGUGAACCACAGGGGCUAUAAUUAUACUUUUUCCCAUCUGUGUGUGUUGAGAAAUCAGGAUAAGAAAUGCGUGCUGGAUGAUAUUAUUUCAGUGCUAGAGGAUCUCAGGCAGGCUGCCGUCUCCAGUAAGACAACAGCCAGGGUGCAAGUGAGGUAUCCCAACACUAAAUUAAAGGAUGGGAGGAACAGUUUUAUUGGACAUCAGCUGGGCGGGGUAGUGGAAGUACCCAACAGCAAGGACCAGCGGGUCAAGUCUGCCAGAGCCAUUCAAAUCACCUACUACCUCCAGACCUACGGCUCUGCCACCCAAGACCUCAUAGGGGAGAAGUGGGAAAAUGAGUUCUGUAAGCUCGUGGGGAAGCUCCAGGAGGAGCACCAAGACCUCCAGCUCUACCCUCUCGCAUCCUUCAGCCUCUGGAGAGACUUCCAUAAGACCAGCAUCCUUGCCAGGAGCAAGGUGCUGGUGAGCCUUGUGCUGAUCCUGACCACAGCCACACUCUCCAGCUCCAUGAAGGACUGUUUGCGCAGCAAGCCCUUCCUGGGCCUGCUGGGGGUGCUCACUGUGUGCAUCUCCCUCGUCACGGCUGCAGGGAUCUUCUUCAUCACGGAUGGGAAGUACAACUCCACCCUGCUGGGAAUCCCGUUCUUCGCCAUGGGUCAUGGGACAAAAGGUGUGUUUGAGCUUCUGUCCGGAUGGCGGAGAACUAAAGAGAAUUUGCCCUUCAAAGACAGGGUGGCAGAUGCCUACUCAGAUGUGAUGGUUACCUACACCAUGACCAGCUCCUUGUACUUUAUCACCUUUGGAAUGGGCGCCAGUCCUUUCACAAACAUAGAGGCUGUGAAAGUCUUCUGCCAGAACAUGUGUGUCUCUAUCCUGUUGAACUACUUCUACAUUUUCUCUUUCUUUGGCUCCUGCCUGGUUUUCGCUGGCCAACUGGAACAAAACCGCUAUCACAGCAUCUUCUGCUGCAAGAUCCCAUCUGCAGAGUACCUGGACCGCAAGCCUGUGUGGUUCCAGGCCGUGAUGAGUGAUGGACACCAGCAGGCAUCCCACCACGAGACAGACCCCUACCAGCACCACUUCAUCCAGCACUUCCUCCGAGAGCACUACAACGAGUGGAUCACGAACAUCUACGUGAAGCCAUUUGUGGUUAUCCUCUAUCUCAUUUAUGCUUCCUUCUCCUUCAUGGGGUGUUUGCAGAUCAGCGAUGGAGCCAACAUCAUCAACCUCCUGGCCAGUGAUUCUCCAAGUGUUUCCUAUGCCAUGGUUCAGCAGAGAUACUUCAGCAACUACAGCCCUGUGAUAGGGUUCUACAUCUACGAGCCCCUUGAGUACUGGAAUAGCAGUGUCCAGGAGGACCUUCAGAGGCUCUGCAGUGGCUUCACCACAGUGUCCUGGGUGGACCAGUAUUACCAGUUCCUGAAAACCAGUAACAUCAGUGCCAGCAACAAAAGUGACUUCAUCAGUGUCCUACAAAGUUCAUUUUUAAAAAAGCCAGAGUUCCAGCACUUCCGAAACGAUAUCAUCUUCUCCAAAGCAGGGGAUGAAAACAAUAUCAUUGCUUCCCGCUUGUACCUGGUGGCCAGGACUAGCAGAGACAAGCAAAAGGAAGUCAUAGAAGUGCUGGAAAAGCUGAGACCCCUGUCGCUUUCAAAGAGCAUCCGGUUCAUUGUGUUCAACCCCUCCUUUGUGUUCAUGGACCACUACAGCCUGUCUGUCACCGUGCCUGUGUUGAUUGCAGGCUUUGGUGUGCUGCUGGUGUUAAUCCUGACUUUUUUCCUAGUAAUCCACCCUUUGGGGAACUUCUGGCUCAUUCUUAGCGUCACCUCAAUUGAGCUGGGUGUUCUGGGCUUAAUGACCUUGUGGAAUGUCGACAUGGACUGCAUUUCUAUUUUGUGCCUUAUCUACACUUUAAACUUCGCCAUUGACCACUGUGCACCCCUGCUUUACACGUUUGUAUUAGCCACCGAGCACACCCGAACACAAUGUAUAAAAAGCUCACUGCAAGAGCAUGGGACAGCCAUUUUGCAGAAUAUUACUUCUUUUCUUAUUGGGUUGGUCCCCCUCUUCUUUGUGCCUUCAAACCUGACCUUCACACUGUUCAAAUGCUUGCUGCUCACCGGGGGUUGCACACUUCUGCACUGUUUUGUUAUUUUACCUGUGUUCCUAACCUUUUUCCCUCCUUCCAAAAAGCACCACAAGAAAAAGAAACGUGCCAAACGAAAGGAGAGAGAGGAGAUUGAAUGCAUAGAAAUUCAAGAGAACCCUGAUCAUGUCACCACAGUCUGAGGGCGGAGUUUUCCAGUAUUUUUUUUUUCCAGUAUUGCACAAGAUGCAGGAGGAGGAGCUCAGACCUCAGCAGCUUGGGCUGGCCAGGGGUAACAAGGCAAGUCAGACGAGAGCACCCCCGGGACAGUGUCUGCCUCUCAGGGGGAAGAGAGAAUCAAACAGGGGGAAUGUUCUUUGCAACCUUGUUCUCCACGAAAGAUAAAUCUCUAGAUGUGAUCUUAGAGCUCUUCCAAGGAAUGACAAAAGAAGCAACUGCUUUUCAAAAACAAAGCUUAGGAAAGAUGGAGAAGAGAGUGAAGGUGGUCUCCAAAUAGGAAAAACAACUUAGGAAAUACCCAAAUUGCCAUGUCACGUUCCAUGGUUGCUUGUUGAACAAACAGGUUGGUCAAUGGAAACCUAUGCACUUGGGAAGUACAUAUUUAAUCCCGUCUAAACCAAAGGACUU